AUGUCUCGGGCUGCAUGGCUUGCUUCUUUGCUGCUACUGAUGCUACAUGCUGACCAACAUUCAACAAAGAUUAUGGACUGCAAGAAGUUGAAUGGGCACAACUUUGUUUUUCCUGUCUUUUACGAUGUAGAUCCCUCGUAUUACGAAACAACCAUUCAUGCGAACUACGAGCUCAUCAAGGUUCUCAGCUCAACUGGGAGCUCUUCAUUCUGCAAAUUACCAAUUUGUAGUUUUGCAGAUGCAUUUGCAAAGCAUGAUGUUGAAAGGGUGAAGUCCUUGAGAAGUGCUCUGACAACUGCUGCUGCUGAUAUGAUGAAGCUUCAGAGGCAAGAUGUUUUCCUUAGCUUCAGAGGCAAGGAUACUCGUGAUGGUUUCGUGAGUCAUCUGUACAAAGAUUUGUGUCGAAAGAAUAUCCAAACUUUUAUAGACGAUGGGGAGCUUCGAAAAGGAGAUGAAAUUUCAGGGGCACUGUUGACGGCCAUUCAAGGAUCCAGGGUUUCACUCAUUGUUUUCUCCAAAGACUACGCUUCUUCCAAAUGGUGCCUGGCUGAGCUGGUCAAGAUCAUGGACUGCAACAAAUGCAUUGUUCCUGUUUUUUACGGUGUAGACCCAAGAGAUGUACGGAACCAAAGAGGGAGUUUUGCAGAAGCAUUUGCAAAACAUGAAGAAAAUUUCAAGCAUGAGCUUGAAAAGGUGAAAACCUGGAGAAGUGCUUUGACUGCAGCUGGCAAAUUAUCCGGUUGGGAUUCACAAGUCAGUCGACCUGACUCAACUCUGGUAGAUAAAAUUAUCGAAGAUAUAGUGAAGAAAUUGAAUUGUGGAACCUCAAGCGCUAAUUUAAAGGGUUUAGUUGGAAUUGAAAGGCGGAUGCAGGAAGUUUUGUCAUUAUUUCAGGACGGAUUCCCAGAUUUUCGAAUGCUAGGCAUUUGGGGUAUGGGAGGUAUAGGCAAAACUACACUUGCCGACGCCAUUUAUCACCAUGUUUCAAAUGGUUUCCAAAGAUGCUGCUUUAUUGCAAACGUGAGAGAACAUGAUGAACAAAGAGAAUUAUUAAAAUUGCGUACGGAAUUUCUUUCAACUAUAUUAGAAGAUGAAAAUUUAUAUAUCUCAACUCCCACAAUCGGAUCAGGCUUUCUUAAGGACAGGCUUUCCAAGAAGAAGGUUCUGAUAGUUUGUGAUGAUGUGUCAAAGUCAAGUCAACUCAAGUUUUUAUUCGGAGGGAUCGAUCGGUUCGGCCGUGGAAGUCGAGUCCUUGUUACCACUAGAAAUAAACAAGUGCUUAUCCAGUGUGGCAUGGAUCUGGAUCGCAUUUAUGAUGUGAAGAAAUUAAAUUAUUAUGAAUCUGUUCAGCUCUUUUGUCAACGUGCCUUCAAAAGUAGUCAUCGUAUAGAAUAUCAAUUGAAGCUAUCAGAGAUGGUUUUAAGUGUUGCUGAUGGAAACCCUUUAGCCAUUACACUUAUCGGAUCCUCUCUGUGUGGCAAGACCAAAACCUACCAGGAAAGUGAAGUAAAGAAAUUAAAUAAAGUUCCUAAGAAGGACAUUCAAGAAGUGUUGAAAUGGAGUUUUGAUGGACUAGAUUGUGAAGAGAAAGAAAUGUUUCUUGACAUUGCUUGUUUCUUUAAAGGGAAGCAUCGAGACUAUGUAACAAGGAUUAUGGAUGCUUGUUAUGACUCUGCACAUUCGGGAAUUGAGAAUCUCAUUGAUAAAUCUCUUAUAUCUGUUUCACAAAAUCAGAUAGCAAUGCAUGAUUUAUUGCAACAGAUGGGUUGGAAUAUUGUACGCGAUGAAUCACCUUUCAAGCCUGAAAAACGCAGUAGGCUGUGCAUUCCUGAGGACAGCAUAAUGUGCUAUCAGAAAACAAUGGGAACGGAAAGGCUCACUGGCAUUUUACUUGAUAUGUCCAAACUUCCAAAGUUGGAAUUGGAACCGACAGCCAUGAUGAAGAUGCGAAAGCUUAGAAUUCUCAAAUUCUAUCAUUCUUGUGGAAGAAUCUUACUUUUUAAAGGGCUUUUAUCAUUUCCUGAGGAGCUAAGGUACCUUCACUGGGAGGGAUACCCUUUGAGAUCUUUGCCCACCAAGUUUGAUCUAAGGUACCUAGUUGAACUUGAUAUGAGGGAGAGCCAUCUCGAACAAGUCUGGGAAGGACAACAGGAUUUAGUAAAUUUGAAGGUUAUCAUACUCGACUAUUCCCGGAACCUUGUAAGAAUCCCGGACCUCUCAAGUGCCACAAAUCUUGAAGAGAUAAACCUUUCCGAUUGUUCUAACUUGCGUGACCUUCCUUCAUCCCUUCAACAUCUUGAGAAGCUAACUCUUUUGAAUUUCAGAAAUUGUGAAAAUCUUAGAUCUCUGCCUAGCUUUUACAAAGCCACAUCCCUCACCAACCUUGAUCUUAGAGGCUGCUCAAAUCUGUGUAGUUUUCCUGAAAUCAUGGGCACCAUGGAGAGUUUGAGGCAUCUUGAUUUAAGCGGGACGGCUUUGAAGGAAUUACCAUCCUCAAUUGAAAAUCUUAUUAGUCUUGAUUGCUUGAGCUUGAACUACUGUGAAAACCUUAUUGGCCUUCCUGAUAGCUUUUAUAAAUUGAAAUCUCUUGAGACAUUCUAUCUUCAUAGUUGCUUGAGAUUGGAGAUUUUCCCAAAAGUCAUGGACACCAUGGAGGAACUAUAUAAACUUGAAUUACCAUUCUCAAUUGACAAUCUUAUUGGUCUUGAGUAUUUGAGCUUGCACGACUGUGAAAUCCUUGUUUGCCUUCCUGACAGCUUUUAUAAAGAAUUACCAUCCUCAAUUGACAAUCUUAUUGGUCUUGUGUAUUUGAGCUUGAACAAUUGUGAAAACCUUGUUUGCCUUCCUGACAGCUUUUAUAAAUUGAAAUCUCUUAGCACAUUCAAUCUUAAAGGUUGCUCGAGAUUAGAGAUUUUCCCAGAAGUCAUGGACACCAUGGAGGAACUGUAUGAACUUGAUUUAAGCAGAACGGCUUUGAAGGAAUUACCAUCCUCAAUUGAUAAUCUUAUUGGUCUUGAGUAUUUGAGCUUGAACGACUGUGAAAACCUUGUUUGCCUUCCUGACAGCUUUUAUAAAUUGAAAUCUCUUUUGUGUCUUAGUCUUUGUGGUUGUUCAAAUCUAGUUGUAAAAAACUUGUUUACUACAGUUGGACGCAGACCAGUGAAUCAGAAAGACCUCCAUGGGUUAUCCUCGUUGAAGAAGUUAGAUUUAUCUGACAGCAAUCUUGAGAACUUGCCCACAACCAUCAAACAAUUUCCUUUGCAUGAGUUAAUCUUGCGGAAUUGCAAAAGACUGAAAUCAUUACCAGAGCUUCCACCAAGCCUGGAAUGUUUAGAUGCACAUGACUGUACUUCAUUAGAGGAUGUCUCAAGCAUUAAGAAGCUUUUUGAGCAAGCACUGAUUUGA